GGGCGCUGGCUCGCAGGGAGGUUGCACCCAGACCAGUUGCAGCCAUGUAAGUCAAGUCGCGGACCGGGAAGGUGGGAGGGGCCGCUCCACCCACGCAGCCUUCCUCUACUGGUAAGAACCUUCCAGGAGGCAGAGCCCCGGUGCGUGCGCUCCCCGGUGGCCCCGAAAAGCUUGCCCUGGAGACAGCAUUCGUCUCUUGGGAAACAAGCCCUGUUUUCGCUGCAACUAACGGAAGACCUGGGAGAGGACUCGAGGGGCGAGGCGGCAGAGGGGAGGCGCAGCGGGUCCAGGGUUCCCUCGGGCUGCAGUUCCAGCGGACACUGGGGACUUCUGAGCACGGCUGGGGACGCCGCGAGGUAUUGGAGGCGGGGUCGGGAGGCUGCCCCUCCGAUUGUACCCCCAUCGCCGGGGGGCCUGCUGGGCCAUGUCCAGAAGCUCGGGCCCCGCGGUCCUGCCCCGCGCCUUGGGGUUCCGGAAGUCCGCCCCGCGGAGCCUUAGCUGCCUCUCGGACCUGGAGAGCAGUGCGACCCCGGAGGAGCGGCCUUGCCGGCCCCACCGGAGCUGGGGUCGCGCGCCGCCGCCGCCAUCCGCACCAUCAGGCUGCGACCCCAGCCUGCGACCCAUCAUCGUGCGGCGGGCGCACUCGCUGCCCAGCUCUCCCGAGCGCCGCCAGAAGGCCACGGGCGGCCCUGGCGCGGCGUGCAGGCCGGACUGCAGCCGGCAGCACCGUGUGCGCUUCGCCGACGCACUGGGCCUGGAGCUGACGCAGGUCAAGGUGUUCAACGCGGGCGACGACCCCUCGGUGCCCCUGCACGUGCUGUCGCGGCUCGCCAUCAACUCGGACCUGUGCUGCAGCCGCCAGGACCUGGAGUUCACCCUGCAGUGUCUGGUGCCUGACUUCCUGCCGCCCAUCGAGGCAGCCGACUUCGGUGAGCGCCUGGGGCGGCAGCUCGUGUGCCUGGAGCGGGUCACCUGCUCGGACCUGGGCAUCAGCGGCACCGUGCGCGUGCGCAACGUGGCCUUCGAGAAGCAGGUGGCGGUGCGCUACACCUUUUCCGACUGGCGCAGCACCCACGAGGCUGUGGCCAGGUGGCGGGGCCCCGCGGGUUCUGAGGGCACUGAGGACGUCUUCGCCUUUGGCUUCCCAGUGCCACCCUUCCUGCUGGCGCGAGGCUCCCGCGUGCACUUCGCAGUGCGAUACCGCGUGGCCGGCGCUGAGUACUGGGACAACAACGAUGGUCGAGACUACAGCCUCACCUGCCGCAACCACGAGCUGCACAUGCCCCGAGGGGAGUGCGAGGAGAGCUGGAUCCACUUCAUCUGAGCCUCGGGCCAGGGACCUGGCGCCUCUGCUCCCAAACCAACCUGCGGUCACUUCGUAGCUGGGCGCUCACAGAAGAGGCAGCUGCUCUUCCCUGCACUCCGUCCCCACACCUAAAUCUGACCUCACGUCCUGCUGCAAGGACCCCUGGCAGUGGCCAUCCUGCCAUCUACUUGAAACGUCUGUGUCAGCUGUAAAAUGUAGCCUCCGGUGGCCAGAGGCCUAGUGUGUACCAUGCUGGGGACGUGCUGGGUGGGUAGGUGCAGGAGUGCUGGGCUCUCUGAAAGGGUUCUGACUGGGUUUCUGGGAAAGGCCUGCAUCCUCCCGCUAGGAAGGCCUGAUUGCUUCUGCAUGUGUCCUGAUUGGGUCUCCGUAAACAUCGGUCUUAUUUAUUAUUUUGAUGCUGGGACCUUUGAUCCCUAGUGGUUGCCUUCCCGGGAGCAUUCUGGAUUUAACAAGCUAAAAGAGAAACCAGUCUGUGUAUUUGUGCCCCAGUGUGACCCCCACCAUGGUUCCUUGAGGCAUUCCUGCCCUGGGACAAGGCAAACCCGAGCUUGCCAAUGUUUGUGCACUUCUCACCGUGGGAAACUAUUAAUAGGCAAGCAGUGUAUGCCCCAUCAGUCAUCACAACCAUUCCUGGGAAUCCAGGCUGCCCUGGUGAAGCUGUGUUUCCUGCAUCACAGCUGAGAACGAGGAAAAGUUUAAAAUGUUAGCAAAACAGCCUCAGUGUCUCUUCUCACAUCUCGCACUUCUCUUGCACCUAUUUGAUAAUUACGUAUCCGCAUGUUAUCAGGCAAUUAAUUCUGUUUAGGCUUGAAACUACCUAAACAGGAUAAGAAACUCUGCCUUAAGUUAUUAAAAAUUUCAGGCACAACGCCCUUUUCAGUUACCUUUUUGAUGAUCAAGAUGACUCUGUCUUUUUAAGCGUCAGACGAUUCCAGCAGUCAUCUUUCAGAAGUGAGGAUGCCAAGCGGAAUUAGGAAGUUUAUUCAGCAAUAGCCAGAGCACUGGAGGAAAAAUAAUUCACAAAUAUUUAUACUUUUUAAUUGUUUUAAAUUGUAUUUAUAUAUGCCCAGGUUUUAUUUUAAGUUAUAUGUACCUGGUUUUAUCAGCUACCUGCCAACUUAAUUCUUUGUGCCUUCAGAUCAGAGAGUUUCUAACAUUGUUGGGACUUGUUUCCCAGUUUUAAAAUGUUAAAUGCUCUUCUUUCUUUCUUUUCUUUUUUCUUUUUCUUUUUUU